GUAAGCCAGAUGGAUUGUGCUAUCUGGGAAUUGACUGUUUCGAAGCACUUUGGACACUGACAUCAUAAACAUAUCACUUUCUGAAUGAUUUGCAGAUAUUUUAUUCAUAUUUAAUCAUUAUUUUAAGCUUCUCCGUAGUUUUCUGCACAAAAGAAACGUUUGUGUUUUGAACAGGCUUAUGUAACUGCAGAAGUUGUUAUCAAUUUGAAGUGUUUUGCGAUUUCAAAGGUAUGUUAUGUCCCCCUGAAUUGACAAUUUUAAAAAUGUAUUGUGUACAUUUCAGAUGUGACUGAAGUGAACAUGGUCACUCAAUCUAAACUAAAUGAAGCUGAUGAGAAACAGAAGUAUGUAAAACCUAUACAGAAUGCUUCACAAAAACGAACUCUGAGAACAGGAGACAAAAAGCAUGGAAAGAGAACUCCAAAAGAUGAACAGAUGAGAGCUCGCGGUGAAGAGAAACCUUUCACGUGUCAAGAGUGUGGAAAGAGUUUUACAUCGCAGAGUUACUUUCGGACACACAUGAGGACAUGUCAUCAGUGUGGAAAAAGGUUUUCAAUCUUGGGAAACCUUAAGAAACACAUGAGAACUCACUCGGGAGAAAACCCCUUUACAUGUCAACAGUGUGGAAAGAGUUUCACAAGUAAAGGAUGCCUUAAGACACACGUGACAACUCACACUGGAGAGAAGCUAUUCACGUGUCAUCUGUGUGGGACGAGUUUUGCCUUUAAAAGGUACCUUAGCAGGCACAGUAGAAUUCACUCCGGAGAGAGACCGUUUGCAUGCCAACAGUGUGGAAAGAGUUUCACAAAUGAAGGUGACCUUAAGACACACAUAAGAAUUCACACUGGAGAGAAACCGUUUACAUGCCAACAGUGUGGAAAGAGUUUCGCAUGUGGCGGUAACCUUGGGAGACACAUGAGAAUUCACACUGGAGAGAAACCAUUCACAUGUCUACAGUGUGGAAAGAGUUUUAAACACUCCGAUAGCCUUAAAACACACAUGAGAAUUCACACUGGAGAGAAACCGUUCACUUGCCAACAGUGUGGAAAGAGUUUUACAUGUGGCGGUAACCUGGGGAAACACAUGAGAAUUCACACUGGAGAGAAACCAUUUGCAUGCCAUCAGUGUGGAAAGACGUUCACAAAUGAAGGUGACCUUAAGACACACAUGAGAAUUCACUCUGGAGAGAAACCGUUUACGUGCCAACAGUGUGGAAUGAGUUUUUCUAUAAAAAGUGUCCUUCAUAGACACAUGAAAAUUCAUUCUGAAGAGAAACCAUUUACAUGCCUUCAGUGUGGAAAGUGUUUUACAUGUGGAGGUAACUUUGGGAAACACAUGAGAAUUCACACUGGAGAGAAACCAUUCACAUGCCGUGAGUGUGGAAAGAGUUUUACAAUUAUAAGUAACCUAAAGACACACAUGAGAAUUCACACUGGAGAGAAACCUUUUGCAUGUCAUCGGUGUGAAAAUACUUUUACCCAAACAGUUCACCUUAAGAGACACAUGAGAAUUCACACCGGAGAGAAACCUUUCACAUGUCAACAGUGUGGAAAGACUUUCAGAUGUGAAAGUACACUUAAGACACACAUGAGAACUCACACUGGAAUUAAACCUUUUGCCUGCCUUCGGUGAGGAAAGACUUUCAGAAGUGAAGGUGUUCUUAAAAAUCACAUGAGAGGUCACACUGGUAAGGAACCCUUCAACUAAUCAGUUCAGGCAAACAAGAAGUUUAUUUCUACAUCAGAUCUAGAGAAAGUGCUUUUGUGUACUGUUCAUGAAAACUGAUUAUUAACGGAAGUAUACAAAUUGCAAGAGGAGAUUUCUCUACCAUAGAUCAUCUCUUAAAAAACAACCUUUAUAAUUACCUAUCAGCCUCCUGUAACCAUGCGUGAAGGUUUUGCUACAUUUUUUUGUCGUACAAUAAAACUGAUUAGAUCUGCAAUUGAUGAUACUGGUUAUUCUACAUUGGGUUAAUUGUCAUGUUAUUCUAAACAGAAAAUGGAGAUGUUGUAUGUAAGGCUUAAUGUGUUUACAUUGAAUACUGUACAUGCUUUUAAUAAGCAUUUAUCAUUAAAUCUCCAAAUAUGAUAAAUAUUAUGCACACCUUACAAUUCUUGUAACUUCAGAACAAUUUAUUAAGAAUUUUCAUAUCAUUACUCUUCCCCGCUGACUAUAUAAUAUUUGACGCAUCUCAGGGCAGUUGUGGUGUAACGUUAGAGAGAUGGGCUUAUAACCUAAACGUUGCACGUUUGAUUCCCAAUCUGGCAGGCCUAAUUCCCAGGAUAGGUUUAAAUAUAGGUUAUCACCUGUGGCAAAUUGUUCACAGAAUGAAUGUCCCUUUAUCACUUUAAUUAAGAUGAAUUAUAAAUUACAUUAAAAGAAUUCUAAAGUUUUUCAUACUA